AUGUUCCAGAGGCAAGACAGGAGUAGGGGUCAGGGGAGAGACCGGCGGCGAUAUUCCAGAAUCCAGACGAGAGUAGGGUCAGGGGAGAGAUCGACGGCGCGUAUGCGGGAGACUGGCGGCGGCAUACGCGGGCGGGAUACAGGCGUUGAAGAUGAGCAAAGGAGGGAUCGACGGGACAACGAGGCAGAGAAGGAAAGCGGCGGCGGCAGGGGCGAGCAGGGAGGGAGAGAGAAUGUGGGAGGCAGGUGA